AUGUCUGUUCCUCGCGAUGGAAACUCCGCUCGCCGAAAGAGCUUCGCUUUCUUUUCCCGACCAAACAACUCCCCGGAAACCGACAUCGGCACCUGGCCCGUCAGGGAGUUGAUCACGAAACAGAGGCCGAAGUCUGCAUUCUUCACAACCGGUGGCACUGGAUAUGAAGAGGUUGCUACUGUGGUUUGGACAAACAUAGGUUCCCGCCCCAGAGUUCUCACGAAAACCCCUGGUCAGCGUCCCAAAUCAAUGUUUGCACCCUUGAGGAGUAGGGACCCUGACAGUCCCCGAGCGGAAUCGUCUGCAAGCUCUUCAAUCGAUUCCUCACACUCGGACACCAUGCACCCCUUGCGUCCGAGCAGCAGGGUUAUCGUCCACUCGGGGGAGGUGGUUUCAGGCGGUGGUCUUUUGCGAAGGAAAAAGGAAUUUAUGGUUUUGACUACAGAUGAAUUGUUAAGAUACAAGUCGGAAUCCAAAGCUAGCGAGGCUUUUGGAUUGAGUGCACGAUCACCAACGACUGGGAGGACGUCUUCGAUUGGUUCAGCCGGGGACUUGGUCAGUGAACAUGCUUUGAUCACCAUGAUGAAUCAGGUGGUUGCCGUCUAUCGGUCCGGCUGCGAAGGGGAGCUCGCUUGCUCCGUCCAAGUUGAUCACCUCGACGACGCCAAUGGAACGCCUUCCUCGACAAUUCUACAAGUUGGGUCAUCUAGGGAAGCUCAGGAGUGGUUGGAUAUAUUACGCCAGGUAUCGCAGACUUGCAGGUCCGUCAGGCCACCAUUAGCAUUUUCAGACUCUACCGUUAAGCAUAUCGCACGCCGACUUGAAGCGGAGAAGGACUAUUCGCCAGCGCACUUCCAAAUUUUUAGAACCGUUCAAAGGUGUGGAAAGGCCCAGGGGAGAACUGGAUCAAGUGAUGAUCUGCACAAGAUGUACUCGACCACUUGCUACCUCGUCAUCGGAAUCCACAAGGUUCACUUUAUUCCCGUGCCCAAGUGCCCUUCCAACAACAGUAGGAGUACAACUUCGCUCGUUUCUACCGCGACGCCAAGCUCUCACGGAAUUCUAAAUCUUGUUGGGAUCGCAAUUUCGGAUGUGGACGAUUCCUUCACCCUAACCUUCAGGUUCCCCUACAGAUCGCCGCAGAGGGUUCACCUGGCUUCUACUGAGGCUCCUGAAAUUAUUCAGUCAAUCCGCCAAGCCGCAGAGUUCCUACGUCCUAACUGGCUCAUCCCUCCAUUUUCCGUUGAUAUACCGGAGAAUAUGAAGGACGAAUCAAUUCCGGAGAUCCCUCCGACCCUGGAUGAUGACUAUAACGGCUUUGACCGUACCCUAUCUGCUUACUGUACGGCUUAUGAUUUGGAUGCUUCAAACAUUGUCUAUGGAAUCCAUACCGAGGUAGAGGAUUCUCCUCAAUUCGUACUCUACCCACCGGCAUACUCCAGACGGCGCCAAUACACGGAUUUGGAGUUGCUUGCGGUCAUGAGGUCACUGAGAUGGAACGAGGCGUUUGCCUCCUUGUCAUUUCACGGGAUUAGCCUAGAGCCGUUGCACGGCGUAGUCGAUAUGCAUGGCACAGAGAACGAACCUAAUUGUACUCGAUCAGGACGGCCAAUCGGCAUCAAGUCAACUGGCAGCAAGAGGUCUUCGCUUCUGAUACACGAAAUUCGGGCACUGGCCCUAUAUAGUAGCAAGUUACGAAAGUUGGAUGUCUAUGAGUGUAUAAAACGGAAAGAGCGUAGGGAAGAUAUUACCGGGACUCCUUCCCCCGAGGGCGGAUGCGGUAUUGUGGAAGCUGUAAUGCCGUUGUGUCGGAGAGGUUUAACGAACUGUGACUGGUUUGAUCUGACGGGAAUCGAGUUGGUCGAAUCGGAUCUUGAUUGGCUCGUUGACGCCGCCGCCUCUAGGCUUGCCCACUUCCGUGGUUUCGAGCUUGAGCGCUGUGGCUUGACGGAGAGGAUGAUGACCCUGUUCCUCAAUGCGCUAGCUACUCACGAGAACACCUUGGAGUCGUUGAACCUAUGCGGGAACCCCGGCCGGAUACACGCGCCUAGUCUCAAUAAUUCGAUGUCCUAUUUCCCAUUUCUCAGGAAGUUGAACCUUUCACGCCUUCUGCGGACCUCUGGUGAGGACCCACUGCUCACGGCAGAGACGCUACUAAGAUGGAGAUUGGAAGACUUGGACCUAAGCGAAACAAAGCUUAACAAGGAGAGUAUUGACGCUGUGGCUGCGUAUCUCGCUAGCCCGCAAUCCGAUUCACUUCGCCACCUGACUCUUACUCAGUGCGGCUUGACGUCAAGGGAUGUUGCUGUGUUCAUGCGUUCAAUGUCACGAGCCCCAGGGAAACCAAGAAAUAUGCACCUUUACGUCGGGCAGAACCCGCUUUCGGGGUACCACGAUGAAUUGCUUGGAUGCAUUCUUUCAGGGACUACUCCAACCCAUUUAACAAUGCGAAUGGUAGACUACCCUAAGGAAGAAAUGUUUCGAGAGUUUGUAGCGGCAAUGACCGCUAACAAGACCAUCACUUUUCUCGAUAUAUCCAAGGUCUCUUUGCCAUAUGAGGCCGGCCAAGAGACGUGCGCCGCUCUGGGCGCCCUAUUCGCGAAUAAUUCCACCCUGAGAGAACUAGAUAUAUCUGGGGAGCAAGCUGUUCUGGAGAGCGCUAGUUUGGGAGCUGGACUUAUCAAUGCCCUGAGCCGGCUAUCCGAGAGCAAGACCCUAGAAAUUCUAAGGAUUGAACUACAAUCACUCGGCACUCCCGGAGCGAUGGAGUUGGCAUCAAUGUUGACAAAGAACACCGCAAUCAAGGAAAUUCACUGCGAGAUGAAUGAGAUUCAUCUUCAAGGCUUCUCCGCCAUGGUUAACGCUAUGGAACAGAAUAAAACAUUACUAUAUCUCCCCCGCAUGGACCGCGACAGAGCUGAGCACGUCAAAUUCCUCAAGGACAAGUUGUUUCAGCCCACUAAAUCUGCAGUUAAAUCGGCACCCAGGGACCAUAAAGGGGGGGAUGGGAAGAAGGAACAUCGCCACAAGAAGUUGAGAAGGUUGAGCAAAUGUGAGAAGAAGAAGGUUGCCUUUGCGGAUGAUGUAUUGGGGGCCACCGGGGCGGAGCAAAGCCUAAUGCUCCUUGAAGAGAAGUGGGAGAGCGAGGCGCAGAAACUUGUCAAGUUUCUGGCCAGGAAUGCGCAGUUGCAUCACGAAAAAUGCAACGACGGGCGCAUGGAGAGUUCGAUGAGCGAUUUGCCUUUGUUUUGAUUCUUUUCACAUUCUUUAUUUCCCCAUCAUUGGCCCCCUUUAUCCUCUUUCCCUGCUACCCCUCAGUUCUGCUUGACCAGUGAGCAAACAAAAACACCUUGCUACUAAAAAGUCCCUUUCCACCUUUCUCUUCCCUGUUUUAUAUAUUUCAUCGGCAUUUUUAUUGUUUCCAUAGUUUGCAUUUCAUCGGGUUCGGUAUUUUCUUCUCAUAUGCUGUAUUUCUUUUCCUUUCCUGGGUCGGAUGCAUAGGUGAUGGAGUUCUCGUUCAUUGCUUUCGGUCUCUUUCUUCUUCCUUUUCUUUUCACCUCCCUUCCCUCGCACCCAUUCGCCCAUCUUUCCACACACCGGCACGUAUGCCUACAGUACUUGCAGCGAGUGGAAAGAGAGCACCAAAAAAAAAAAAACAUUACUCUUUUAUCAGGCCUGGCGUUUCCAUACUGGUGGUCCCAGCCACCCUACCCUACAGUUUGUAUAUACCACGGCGCACGCAGUAUCCAAAAGAUGUACAAAAAAUGUACUCGUUGCAUUGUCUCCUUCUA